AUGAUGGACGGGUCUCGGUCGGACAGUGUCACCGUGGCCACGGAAGGCGUCAGCAUCGGCGCCAGCGCCAGUUCCCGUGACUCGCCGCGCGACCUGAAUAGUCGGAGGGCUGCCGCCUGUCUUGUGUGUCGUCGCUCCAAAAUCAAGUGUGAAAAGGGCCGGGCGCAAGACGAUGACCGUUGCCAUCGAUGUCUGCAAUUGGGGGUCCAAUGUGUUCGGCCGGACUUUCAUGUUGGUCGCCGGAAGGGUGUCAAAAACAAACGCACAGGACUGGAGAAGGCCUUGCAUCAGGUGGAGCAAGCGUUGCGACGGACCGGGACCGGCAUCGAGGCAGCCCAAGUUGUCUCGGAUCUAAAACUGCUACUCGGCCCGGGGCCGCAUGGCCCGGUGUCUCUCUUGAAUCACGACCAAUCCCGGGCCAGGGGCGCGGAGCCCCGUCCGGAGUCCAGGCAGGGCAACGACAUCCUCCUGCCGGACGUAUCUUCCGACGCCGGCGACAGCUCCAUUUCGGACCAGGACCAGGAUCAAGACCCGGACCAACAGCAAGACGGCAUCAGCUUGAAGCAGGAGUCAACACCCUCUCAAGGCCAUGUGGGAGAAGAGAGUUUAGCAGUGGAUGAUGCUGAGAACCCGCUCCAACUCCUCGCGCGGGCGUCCGACUUGCAUGUCUCACCCAAGUCUGGGGUUGAUCGCCACGCGGCGUCGGAAGCCAUGUCUCAGCAGCGAGCUCACCAGAACAAGCAGAGCGACAAGAUCUCCGAAGUCGAAAAGUUCUUCAAGCUUAGCCAGUUCAGCCUCGACACAGGCCCAGACCUGGAUCCCAUUUCCCUCGGCUUGAUCACUGUGGAAGAAGCCGAGAUGCUCUUCAACUUUUUCCACCACAACCUCGCUCAUACCCGCUGGGGUCUCGAUCCGGCCCUUUACACGGCAGCGUUCACCCGAUCUCGUUCCGCAUUCUUGUUCACAUCCAUUGCCGCUGCUGCGGCAUUGUUCAUGCCCCGGGCCUCCGCCCUCUCUCGUCGGCUGUCUAACCACUGCAAGGCGCUGGUCAACCGCAUCAUCCUAGACCGGUACCGCUCCGUGGAGAUCGUGCUCGGGUUCAUGGUCAAUGUGCCCUGGAUGUUCCCCGGCAAGCACAGCACCGACGACGAGACGUGCUGGUACGUCUCCAUGGCCACGACCAUGGCACUAGAUCUGUCGUUGCACAAGAUUCUUGUGCCGAUCGCCUCGCUUCGAGAAGGGCCGGGUGGACGUGGUGAUGGGACCUUUGGGGGUAUCGCGAGGGCUGACUGCAUCGACCCGAGGGUGGCCCUAGCCCUGGAUGGUUUCGGGGAUGUGGAACCAUCGUCAGAGUUUGGACAGAGACUGUUGAGGAGGCGAGAGCGGUGCUGGAUUGCGUUGUUUGUGUUGGAACGAGGGAUGUGCCUGGCGAGAGGACGCUGUUACACCGUCCCUAUCACACCUAUACUCAGAGGCUGCGACCAAUGGCAUCUGUCAAGUAUCGCCGACACCAUGGACGGCCAUUUGGUCUCGAUGGCCGUUCUACGGAGGGAUUUGGAUGAAUUAUUCUCCUCUAUCAGAGCCCUUUGUGACGAGUCUAGAGACGGCCGAGCGGAUGGCUCGAUGGUCGCCCGGUCUAUCCAGAUGAUUGUCGAAAAGUUCUUUGACGAAUGGCACGCCAAAUGGGGCAUCUCGAUCGGAAGCGGCCCCCAGCAUCGACUGCCACCUUACGUUCAAAUUCUUGUCACACACACACGCUUAUCUAUCUACAGCACUGUCAUCAACCACCCGACAGCGCCGACCGAGGUGCGGCACUUCUUCCACGCUGCUAGCUUAUCAUCGGCGCUCAACGUCAUGCGGGCCGCCAUUCAGGGCGAAGGGCAGUUAUCGAGCAUGCCCAACAACACAGCAAUCAUGAUCUCGUUCGCCGCGUGCUUCGCGCUGCGACUCAGCGGGCAGUUUGCAGGCAACUCAAAUCUGGCUCCCAGCGUCCGCACGCUCAUUGAGGAGACCGCAGAAGUACUGGAGCGGGUGGGUUCGACCACGGAGCACCGCAACGGUAUGUCCACUCUAUACGGCAAAUACCUCAAGUACAUUGUCAAAAAGGCGGCCGCUUCCGUACCCGCUCCUCCCGAGGCCUCCGUCAGACCCCGUGCGGGCACUCACCCGGAUCUCCUUUCCCAACGCCGCCCUGCAACUGCCUAUACCCGGCCCAACAACAAUUCCAGCCACACUACCCGGGCCAGCUUCAGCAUGACGGACACCAUGCAUGCCCGCCCCCCAGUUUCCGGUUUCAUGGAGCCCCCAGGCUGGAAUGAACCGAUCCAAUUCUCGUCCAUGUCCGACGACCAAAUCGUGGAAGCGCUCAGUCGGGUAAACAAUGAGCUGGAUCCGGCGUUAAGCAUGUAUCCCUGGGACGACGCGGCCGCGUUGGACUGGCUAAAUUGGUCUAAUCUGCCCGACUUUGGAACCUGA